CCAAACUCAGUAUCUAUCUACAUAUUACACUUUGGUAUGGAUACAGAACCAAAAAUCAAAAGAACGACACAAGGUCGAGUACAAAAAAAAAAAAAAAAAAUCUAACCACCAAAUGUGCUACUUUAUUACUAAUCUGACAUACAAAUCGUACAACAAAACCAUUACGGAGCGCCAAUGGAUAGACAUAUGAAUACCUCAAAAAGGACCACUGAGUAACUAUGCCACGUAUCUGCUAGGGUUAUCUUUUCAAUGACCACAUUCGCAAUAGUGCAAAGUUGUACAUCAAUAAUUGAAAAAAAAGGCUUGAAAUGGUAUAUUUGUUUAUGGGUGGUUCAAGAGUUAUGAACUUAUGAUAAUAAUAAUAAUAAAAACUCAUAUAUAAAAGGGCAACAGCAACCACGUUAUAUAUAGGGAGGCAUGAAUGGGUACACCUCAACCAUAGAAAUAUCAUAAAGGAAAGAACUGAAAGGAACAGUGGAGAAGAAGUUUGGCAAGAUUCCCGAAUCACACAUGAGUUGGUUUCCCCUUUUUCCAUAUCUCACCAGAAGAAGAAAUAAUCUCUAAUAUAAUCUCUAUGAUAUCUUUAAAAAAGUUCAUAACGUUAAAUAGACAAAAAGGCUACUCUUCCUAAAACGAGUGAUUUCCCAUUUAUUUUGUUUGCUUCGGUUUUACUUCACCACGGGAGGACCAAAUAAUUCCUCCUGGACUUGUCACUUUUGUUUGCUGUCCCGACUUGAUUGAUUUCUAUGAUCAGUAAUGAUGAAAGCUUUGCGCAAUCUCAAACAAUAGUUUCCGAUUGUGUUGGGUGAUGGGCUUUGGCCCAUGAAUGCAUGUAUCCAUGUACGUAUAUAUGUAGCUUGCGUAGUCCUUGUUAAUUAGGAGUUACCUACUGCCGAGUCAUCUCCCUCCACUCGGGUAAUGUGUGAGAAGAGAGGUCGAUUGGGUAUGGCACGAUUCAGAGGCUUUGGUUUAACAGGUUUGACGGGGAGGACCAGUCUCUCAACCGUUGCUUGAAGAAGCCUAUCACGACGUCGUAAUGCCUAUAUACGAUGGCGUCCUACUUACUCCGCAUAGUCGUCAUUAGCCGAUGGUAAUUAGCCACUCGUACAACUCUUAUUUGUACAUUUAACUGUUCGUUAGUUUAGUCACAGUUUGGUAACUGAUAGUUGUUAAGAGAUGUAAGUAGGUUUUCUCUGCAGCCUAUAUAUGGUGCUUGUAAAGGCUUUUGCGAAUUCACUGAAAAUACUCAGUUUCAUCAAACCCUAUUCUAAUAAUACCAUAGCUUGAGGCUCUUUGCUAGAGUUUCUCCAUGACUUCCACAUAUUCAGGACCAAUGUCUACUACUUCUUCUUGUUUCUCUUCUAACAUAGCUAACCAGCUGGUGCCGCAAUCCAUUAUCUCGAUCAAGUUUAAUGGGAAGAACUACUACAACCUUUGGAGAAGAUCCCUAUGUAUAGUACUGAAGACAAGGAAGAGACUCGUUAUAUUGAUGGGUCUCGACCACAACCAGAUUCUACAAAUACAACAUUUGAAGAAUGUGAUGCUAACAACACAUAGGUACUGGGUUGGAUCCUUAACUAUCUUGAUGAAAUUACUGCUGGGAGUGUACCUAGUAUUGAGAAUCUGGGAGAUUGGAAGAUGAGACAUGGAUAGGCUGAUGUUUUCAGGUUAGCAGAUCUACAAACAUUGAUAUAUUCUUGCAGGCAAGGAACAUCGUUGUAAAUAUGUCAGCAAGUUGAAGCUUGGACCUAACUUGAGUAACUGUAACAAUCUUAUUCAAAAAUGUGUCGUCGAAUCACAUGGCAAUCCACUCCCAUAUAUUUGGUUCUCUCAUGAAACACUAGAUUGUGUGCAAUGUGACUCGCAUACUGAUUAUCACAAAACGUUGUUGCUGGUUAUGUGUGAUUCACUCCCAUUUCUAACAACAAUUUUUUCAACCACACCAGCUCCAAGGAGAGUACAAUAACCAGAAAUAGAUUUUCUCGUAUUUGGACAAGCAGCCCAGUCAGCAUCUAAGUAACCUUUCAACUGUAAAAAGUAUUGGUCUUAAACAAUAAACCUUGAGUUGGAUGAUCUUUAAGGUAUUCGAAAGCAUAAUGUAUAACUUGUAUAUGUUGAUUUGUAUAGCUACUAUACCGCAUAGUUAAUCUGGUCUUGUUGUAGUGAGAUACUUGAACUUCCCAACCAAUCUUCUAUAAAGUGUUGAAUCUGGUAACAUGUUACUUGGUGUAGAUGAAAGUCUGCUUUUCAAUUCUAUAUGUGUCAAACCUGGUUUACAACUAGGGAUGGCAAUGGGUCGGGUCAAGGACGGAUAGUGCAUAUCUGUUACCCUACCCAAAGUAGUUUGGGUUUUGCCCAUGCCCAUACCCACAUGAGAAACGGGUAGAAAAUUCAAACCGUGCCCAUACCCGUUCAAGUUUCGGGUAUCCACGGUUAUCCAUGGGUAAUAGUUUCCCUUUAUAACUCCAACCAAUAUGUUAAUAUGCACACGUAUUCUCAAGUUGCGUAAGACGAAAACUACGACAAUAAUCACUAGAAUGAAGAAAAUUAAUUAAAACAACACAAUUUCAUAAAAAUAUUAUAUUUAUAUGCUAUAUAUAAAAUAUGUUAGAGAAAAGUAUUGAUUAUUUCUAGACAAAAUACAUUUGCAUGUGUAUAAUCAGGUGGGUUCGGGUUGGAUAGUGAGAAAAUCAUGCCCACCCAUUACCCGAAAUAUUCGGGUUCGGGUUUUACCCGUACCCACUAAAAGUCCUUCAGGUUCGGAUUUUACCCUACCCGAUUAGGCUAGAUUCGGGUGGAUAUCCACGGUUACGGAUAUUUUUGCCGUCCUAUUUACAACUAAGGAAUCCAGUCUCCUUGAGCAUAUCCAAACAGUAUUUCCUUUAACAUACAAAUAUUCCUCUGGAGCUUCUAACAAUUUCCAGUCCUAAUAAGUACCCUAGUUUCCCAAAUCUUUUAUCUUGAAUUCCUUAGCUAGGAAUUCUUUUGUUUCCAUGAUUUCUUAAAGCACAUUCCCUGCAAUCCUGAUGCCAUCUACAUAGAGCAAGAAUAUAUGGAUUAUGUCACCUCUGAUCAAAACAUAGAGUAGUCUGCAUGAAACUGCUUGAAUCCAAACUUCAACAAAGAAGCAGUCAGCUUGGCAAACCAUUGUUGUUGGCUUGCUUAAGUCCAUACAAGGAUUUUUUAAGAAGACAAACUUGUUUAUGUCCAGAUUUCGUCACUAUCAACCCUAAGGGUAUUUCCAUAUAUAUUAACUCAUCCAUAUCUCUAUGGAGAAAUUCAUUAUUGACAUCCAUUUGUUGUAAAUGUCAACUCUUCACUGAUGCAACAAACAACAAAGUUUUAACAGUAUUUAUCUUGACAACUAGAGAAUAAGUGUUCAAGAAAUUAAUACUAUAAAUUUUUGUAAUUCCAUUGGCAACCAAACGAGCUUUGUAUCUCUUAUACUUCCAUCUAGAUUUAACUUCACUUAAACACCCAAUGAAAUCCCAAUGACUUUCUGCCAGGUGGUAAAUGCAAAAUUCGCCAAGUCUCAUUGGCUUGCAAUGCCUUCAACUCUUAUAUGAUUGAUUUCCUCCAAUGAUCAUGUUGAAUGGAUUCUCUAUAAGUAUAUGGUUAUUCCAGGUUAAGCACACUGAGAGCAUAAGUUUGGAAUUCUGCGGUAAGAUUUUGGUCAGAAAGGAAAUUGGCCAAAAUGGUCGUAGACUGUGGGCUGAUGUUGGUGGGUUUAAGUUAGGAAUGUUUAUUUUGUAAUUAUGGACAAGGUAUUAUGGUGGUUUGGAUGGUCUAUUUGACCUCCUCCUCUUCGACUGUCACCUCAUCAUCUUCUUCCUGAGGUUGUGCAAAUUCAUCACUUGGACUCUCCUUCAUAUCCUCAAUAUGUGGAAGAGAGGAUGGUUUAGGAAAUGUAAUGGUUUAGUGGAUUUUGGUUUGGUCAGGUAAGAGAGGAGGAGUGGUUGGAUCAAGAAAGGUAUCAAAGUUAAGAGGUUGAGAGGUAGAAUGUGCGAAAGAUAUAGGCUGAGGUAAAUGAUCUAUUCUAUAAGCUAGGGAGAACUUGCUCAUAGAAUUUAACAUCUCUAGAUACAAAGACUACAUGAGAAGACAACUCAAGCAGUUUGUAUCCCUUCAUGCCUGGGGCAAAACUCAAAAAGAGAUAUUUCCUUGUCCUAAUUUCAAAUUUCUUUCCUUUCUAAGACAAAGUUCCAACAUAACACAGGCAGCCAAAAACUCUCAAGACUCUAUAAUCUGGAGAUUUUCCAUAUAGCUUCUCAAAAGAUGUCAUAUCAUUUAAUAUAGAUGAAUGUAAUCUGUUAAUAAGAAACACAGCAAGCAAAACACAAUACGACAAAAAAGAUAAGGAUAAUCCAUAUUGGAAUGUUAAACUCUUGUUCAAUUCAAUACGCAAGGAUGUUUUUUUACCACCCUGCCAUUCUGCUACGGAACCUCUACAUAGGAUCUUUGAUGAAGAAUUCCAUGUUGAGAAUAGAAACCUGCCUCGUCAAACUCAAGGUCUUGGUCUGACCUGAUGGUCUUAACCUUUUGACCAAAAUGCACAACCACCAUAAUACAGAAACUUUCUUGUAAAUUUCAAGAUUCAAAUGUAGCUUUCAUUAAGUAAGCCCAUAAACUUCUACAACAAUCAUCCACGAUAGUCAAAAAGUAUCAAAAUCUAUUGUAACUCAUUACAUAAUGAGGUCUCCAAAUGUCUACAUGGACUAGAUCAAAGGAUGAUGAAGCUACUAAGUUACUUAAAUCUAAAGGCAGUUUCUUCUACUUAGCAAAGUGACAGGUAUCACAAUGAUCUACUACAAAAUUCUCAACUAUAUGACUACUUUUCUGGAUAUAAUUUUGUCUCAAUGAUGAUGGAUGUCCUGAUUAGUGUCACUAGUCAAGAUUUUAGUGUGAGAAGUUAUAGGUUGUUGUAAUGGUGGGUGACUUCCCUUUGGCAUCAGGGACAAGAACAGAAUGUGAGCAUUAGGACAUUUGGUAAAGAUCUCUAACUUGAUCGGUCAAGCCAACCACCCUCUUAGUAAAAAGUUCCUGAAUUUUACAGUAGGAUGAAUUGAAGGUAAGUGUAACAGGAAGAUUUUUUGCAAUUUUCUCAUUGAGAUCAAAUUUAAAGAAAAGGAUGGUACAUAAAGAACUUGGUAGAUAGUAUGAUCACAAGGUAAUCUUACAAUGCAUAUAUGAGUAGCUUCUGUCAUAUAACCAUUAGGCGGAGUUACAAACAUAUCCUUUAUCACCUUAUAAUCCAAAAAGCAUGAUAAGUUACAAGAUGUAUGGUCAGUAGCUCCUGCAUCAAUAAUCCAUACAUCAACCAACUCCAAUGGGUUUGAUUUAGUGUAUGCAAAAAGAGUUUAUUUGCGCAAAGUUAUGGAAACUUGGCAAGUGUCUGGUGAUAGAAUUAGCCUAAGGAAGGAAACUAGGUGACUUUGGUCUAGAUGCAUUUGGUGAAGUUGGCAAGUGUCUGUUGGAGUACGAUUCACAUUUUGCACAAUCCAACAUUUCAUGAGAGAACCAAAAUAUUAAAGUAGAUUUCCAUGUGAUUGGACAACAUAAUUUGGAUAAGAUUAUUAUAGUUACUCAUAUCAGGUUUGAGCUUCAACUUGCAUAUGUAUUUACCAAGGUGUUUAGUUGACAUCGUCUUAAUUUUCUUCUAGCCAAGAUGGGAGUUACAGUCAUCUACACUCCUCAGCUUGAGGGAGGUAAGAAGACGAUUAACUGAAGAUGAAGAUGAAGGUCAAUUGGGUACGACCCAAUUUAGAGGUUUUGGUUUAACAGGUUCGACUUGGAGGACGACCAUUCGCUCAUUCGCUCCUUGAAUUAAAAAGUACAUUAUGACGUCAUAAUGUCUACACGAUCGUCCUACUUAGUGCUCAUAAUCACCAUUAUCCACUUGUAAUUGGCCAUCUGUAUAGCUCUUAUUCAUCCAUUUAAUUGUUAGUUAGUUUAGUCACUAUUUAGUGAACAUUAGUUGUUCAUCUCUAUAAGUAGUUUUUCUCUGCAACCUAUGGAAGCUUCUUGUAAAGGCUUUUGCCAAUUCAAUGGAACAGUUAGUUUCAUCAAACCAUGUUCUUAUCUUGUGUCCUCUAUUUUGAAUAUAUCCAUUUUGAUAACAUAUAUGUUUCGAUUAUUUAACAUGGUAUCAGAGCCUUCUAUGAUCAAGAGAUCUUUUGUUCAAAACCUAGUGAUCCCAUAUGUUCUGUUAAGAACAUGAUAUUCGGACAUGUGCAAACUUCAAGCCUAUAUGAGUGAACCUCUCCAACAACUCUAGUUAUUGUGAUCAACUGGCCUCCAACUUUAUGACAAUCUUUGCGGUCCACUAUUGGCCAACCUUUGAUUCAUCACCAGGAUUAUGUCUCCAAUAGAAUCGAGUCAAUUCAUGUUCCGACACAGAUCUCUCAUGCUCAGAGAGAUCUGAAUUGGGACUGUUCUAUGUGCGAGGAGCUUGUGACCCUUAAUGCUAAUCACACAUAGACUGUUGUUCCUCGACCACCUUCUAUUGUUACUACUAUCAAUAUUCUGUGGGUUUAUACUCUGAAGGUUAAGUCGGAUGGUUCUCUGUAAUGUUAUAAGGCUCAUAUGGUGGCUCAAGGUUUCAGUCAGGAGUAUGACAUUGAAUUUGAAGAGAAAUAUCAUUAUUGGCCUUCAUUUCCGUCGUACUCUUAAUGAUCCUUCUUUGUUCACUCGACAGUCUUACCUUAGUCUCUUCUUGCUUCUUCUAUACAUAGAUGAUAUUAUUGUGAGUAGUGAUGAUGCCGAGAGGAUUGAAGCUCUCAUGAAGGGUCUUCAUGCUUCUUUAAGUUUGAAGGAGCUACGAUCUCUCUCUUACUUUUUGGGUCGGGAGGUCCACAAUCUCCAGCUAGUAUUCUCCUUUCUCAGCACAAUUAUGUUGAUGACCUUCUCAACAUAUUCUUACUGUGUUUCAAAUUCUACACCCAUGGAGCUAAUAUGAAUUCGGGGAGGGAAAUAUAAAAUAUAGUGCCUCAGGCUUUCUCGGAACCUGAUUAUGCUGGUUGUGUGGAUACAUAUCGUUCCACGAGUGCGUAGUGUGUCCAGUUGGGAGAUUCUUUGAUUUUUUGGCGUGUAAUGAUUUAUUUGACUAUGACGCGCCAAGAUAUCACUUAUAUUGUUCAUAUUGUCACUAUGUUGAUGUUAUUCAUCGAAUUAUACAUCAUCUACAUGAGACUUAUGUAGUUGGUCUUUUUCUUUUCACUUACUGGUGCUUUUCAUGCUUCGGGCUUUCUCGGAUCCUAAUUAUGCUGGUUGUGUGGAUACAUAUCGUUCCACGAGUGCGUGGUGUGUCCGAUUGGGAGAUUCUUUGAUUUCUUGGCAUGUAAGAAACAUGAUCGCAUAUCGAAAUCUUCUAUUAAAGCUAAGUAUCGUGCUAUGUCUGAUGUUACAUUAGAACUUGAGUGGUUGUAAUAGUUACUCGGUGAUCUUGGCGUUGUCUGUGUGGUACACAUGCAGUUGUAUGUGGAUAACACUAGUGCUUUUAAUAUUGUUAUCAAUCUUGUUCUUCAUCAUCGCACUAAACACAAUGAGGUACACAUCCAUUAUAUUCUAGACCUUAUUCGUGAUGGAAUCAUUCGAGUCUUUUACAUUACUUCCGAGGACCAUAUUGCAGAUCUCCUAACUAAGUCCUUCUUUGUUAGUCGUCAUUCUUAUCUCCCUGCAAAUUGGUGAUGCAAGACCUCCAUCAAUUUGUGGAGGGUGUUGAGUUAUGGGUUUUGAGCCCAUGAAUGCAUGUAUCCAUGUACGUAUUUAUGUAGCUUGCGUAGACCUGGUUAGGAGUAACGUAUUGUUGAGUCAUCUCCCUCCCUCACGGCUAGGGUUUGGGAUGUAAGUGUAUAUAUUUGUAAACCUAAACUGCUUUUGUGUUGUGGAUUAGUCUCGACGAUUAUACGUCGAGGGUACCACAUAAAUCGUGUAUUUUUUAUUUUAUCCUUUUUUGAUAGCAUAUAAGUUCCGAUUGUUUAACAUAUUGCUAAUUAAUGGCACAAAUCGUGUUUGCUCUAUUUGGAACCAGGGGCAGAGGAGCUCGAGAAAGAGAUAUAUAAAUUUGGUAUAAGUUAAUUGAUAAUUAAAUUUACGACGUGUAAUUAAAAAAUGAUCGACCUUACAAAUUUUUUAUGCAUGAACAAUAAUGGUGCAUGUCAUCUACUCAAAAUCAAUGGUGUACAUAAUCAAAAUUAACAAAAAAAAAUCCAUCAAAUAGCAACUAACUUAUAAAAAAGUUGUAUUCCAACCAGGGGAGAACGAGAGAACUUAACACUAUGAUCCUCAAGAGGAAAUGAGUAAAUUAGGUAUAAUAGUUAGUUGAGAUUGAAGUUUGAGACGCAUAUAAUUGAGAACUAGUUUUUUACCCGGCCCGUUGGCCGGAGAGAUUUAUUUUACAAUUUAUAUCAAUUAACUUAUUUAUAUGUUUAAAUCAUUUUGAAUUUUUUAAAUAUUUUAUGUUCUUGAUUCAUAAUAGAGUUUGUAGUAUGUCUAUACUGAAAAUUUCCAAUAUUUAGCAUACUCACUUGUGAUGCUUUGAUUUUCUAAACAUAAAUGAUGUCAUUGUCACAUCCCAUUUAGAACUUAUGUCAAAAUUUGUCAACCAAAACACUAAUAUUUAGCGUACGCCAACCUGAACCACACACACAUAUAUAGUUCAAGCUAGCCUGCGCAAGGAAUACGCUAUAAUCUUGAGUUCACACUACCAUACGACCAUUGAGUUUUACUAUUUAUACCCCGAAUUAACCGAAGUUUUUGGGGCAUGAUAUUAUACCCUAACCUCUAAUAGGUGAACUACAGUCCCUAAUUCUCUAACCUCUAAUUUACACACAUACUUCGUCAUACCUAUCUUCUAUCGUAUCUUGAGUAAAUUCAAAAGUAUAGU